AUCUCCACGCUGAUUUUUGCGUUGGCGUGAGACGCGGAGCAAAGACAGGUAAUGGUGAAUCACCGUGGCCGUAGCUACAACAGGUGGUCUGUUCGCCAAGUACUCUCGAGUAUGACACUGUUGUGUACAAGAUCGUACUGAAGAUCGUGUUUUGUUUCGGUCCAGACGUGUUUUUGCAGCUUGUGCCGCGAUCGCGAUCUUGACUGCACCGCUGAGCAGAGAAGCGGCUCGCUUACCACUUCGAUGUAGUGGUAGUGCUAAGUGACAACGUAGUGCAUCGCUCCCGACGUCAGGUCACGAUGCCAAAGAUCUUCCUCAUCAAGAAUCGACUGCAUCAACAGCAGUUGCGGCUGUUGGAGUCGCAACAUUCCAGCAAGAGUCCACCUCCCGGUAGUGGCAAGGACAGCCCGCUUGGCACCUCGGAACCGUUGAGUCUCAUCGUCAACAAGGAUCAAUAUCGGGACAAGACUGAUGAUGACCGUGCGACAUCCCCAGAAUCCUUUCGCAGCAACAGUCCGGCACCAUCACCGUCACCCCCACACCCGGUGACAAGUAAUGCUACCAGCCCGCCUCCAAGACGAUUUAUCUCCAGCAUCCUUGGUGGUGACGUGCCGUAUGGUAGUAGGCGUCAUGUGCUCACCAGGGCGGAGCGAAAAGAAUAUAGUAGCCCACCAAUAGCCUCGGAUGAUCCACCACAGUUCCUGUCAAAGUCAGAGAAGGUUGUAUUGCCAAGGCCGCAGACGCCUCCGAAAGCACCCCGUGUAGAGCCACCAACAAGGGUUUCCGUUAUCCAAAGGGUGCCACCCCAAGGUACCUCUAGGAAGGAAGAAAAUAAGAUCGAGAUCGAAAGAAUCGACCCAAUACAAGUACCUGAACCAGAACAGGAACAGCCCAUAGAUUAUGCAGUGCCGAAGCGAAAGGAGGAAGAUGAAGAGAAGUGUCGUGAUGGUGCGAUGGCAGCGCGCAGCCCCAGCACCUCGAUUGCAAGAUCUCUGCUGGCUGUCAAACUGUCUGGGUCCCAGGUGGUACAGGCGGCUGCAGGCCACGGCAGAUCCUCGAAUUCAGGUGGUUCUUCUGGAGGCGGUGGCGGUGGCGGUGGCAACAAUUCCUCACCCUCAUCGAACGGGGGCGGCAGCGGCAACGGUGGUGCUAUGAUCGGUGGAGGAUGCGGAAACGGGGCGAUUCUCGGCAGCGGUGGCAGUGGCGGUGGUGGUGCUCUAGGCGGGGGUGCGGGUGCAGGUGGCAUGCCCCCCGGUGGAAAUGGAGGUCGUGGCAACUAUGGACCGAGUUCGCCGCCGACGGGCUCUCUACCACCGUUCUACGAAUCCUUGAAGGGCGGUAACAACCUCGCGAACUUCGCCAAUCAGUAUAACAGUUCUCAAGGAAAUGCAUACCUCACACCAUUGACGGCCGUCGGAAUCGAAUGCGACACCGGUCAACAGGACAACUCUCAGCACGCGCAGUACAAUGCACAGGAGGGCAAGCAGUACUCUCUUCUUCAGAAUGUUUGCGCGAAUGUUUGCGCGUCCUACGGUCUGACGUUCAAAGAAGAGGAAGAAGAGCUAGCAGCCUACAAAAUUCAGCCGAACGACCUGCUUCCCUCCCAGUAUGGCACCUACGAUGUCACCGAUACGGGCAUGAUGGUGGACAUGGUGACUGGUACCAUGGUGGUGGAUCCGUUGCAGUUCACUGCAGCGACUUUGACCUUCAACUCGCCGUCUGAUCACACGGCACUCCUCGAAACUCUCAGCGACGCGGCGGACCUUCUGUUGCCCAGGCUGCAGACCGAGGAUGGUGGCAGCGAUCUCCUGGAGGAAUCGCUACACUCACCCGCCUCGACUGGCAGCAGCGGAAUCGGUCAGGACGCUGGUCAGAUGACUACUCCCGUCGAGCCUAGCGUAGAUCCUUUCCCCGAGCACAGCAUGGCCUUGACCAGAGGCUUUGACACGAGACACUAUACGACUCCGCAACAUUUUAACGCAUCCAAGUUGGCGGGAUUGAAUUACGCAGCCGGCGAGACGAGUUAUCAGUCGCUUCAAAAGGAACGUCCAGAACUUGCGUUGCAUGUCAAUCAGAAUCACCAACAUCAGCAGGAUCAGCAGUUACAAAUUCAGGUGCAGCUGCAUCAGCAGAAGCAGCAAGCUACCUCCCCGCACCAGCAGCAACAGCAGCAGCAGCAGCAGCAACAACAACAGCAACAACAGCAUCAAAGUCUUCUGAGUCCCGGAUUGAAUUUCAAUAACGGACUAAGGAUUAAUACCGCGCUAACGGUUCGGUUACUUAAUCUCGAAGGUUUAGAGAUAGACUCCGGUAGCAGCGUAGGCGGAAGUUUACCCAGCCCUGGCACUGCGAGCUGUUCCCUGGACGGAGCCUCAUCUGGUACCUCACCUUCAUGCGGACUGGGAGAACAUGCGCAUAGUCCACGCCUAGCAGUUGUAUCACCCACCACAGUCGCAACUCAAGCUCCGCCGCUCUCGCAACGGGUCGGUGUACUUCAACAAAGGCUGGGUUUACCGAGCGAUUGUCAGCUAGAAUUUGUUAAUGGUGGUCAUGGCAUAAAGAAUCCUUUAGCCAUCGAGGGUCAGAGGCAGGCCGCAGCUACUCGGGAUGAAGAAAGAGCUAAUCGCACUCCGCCUGGCAAGGACGAUGAUCCCAAUCGCUUUACCUGCCGCGUAUGCAGCAAGAACUUCAGUCUUCAACGACUUCUUAAUCGUCACAUGAAGUGUCAUAGUGACGUGAAGCGUUAUUUGUGUACGUUCUGCGGAAAGGGCUUCAAUGAUACGUUCGACCUCAAGAGGCAUACGCGGACGCAUACAGGUGUGCGACCUUACAAGUGCUUCCUUUGCGAAAAGAGUUUCACGCAACGCUGCUCGCUGGAGAGUCAUGGCCAGAAAGAGCGUCGCGCUAAGAUGUACGUCUGUGAGGAAUGUGGACACACAACGCACGAGCCGGAGGUGCAUUAUCUUCACCUGAAGGAGCAGCAUCCUUAUAGCCCGGCGCUACUGAAGUUCUACGACAAGCGGCACUUCAAGUUCACCAAUAGUAAUUUCGCCAAUAUGUUGCUCCAGGAUGGCCUGUUACAACGGGACUUACGGAAUAUGGACAGCUGUGGCCUUACGGAGCGACGAGAAACGACCUCAAAGAGCAACGACUCGGCGCAUCAACAGACCAGUUUUUAAAUCCAUUGAGAACGAGAGUCCGGGAGAGGGAGGGAGAUAAAGAUAGAAAGAUAAAAAAGGAGAGAAAAAGAAAGAUGCCGAUUGAUCACGCGUUCAUCCUUCAAUCAGGCUGACGAAGGGAAUAACGUUUCGCGCGUAAAGUACCUGCAAGUGGCUCCCAUUAUGGUGACACUGGAAUAAACAUCGAAGUUCGACGACAGGAUCCGAUUGAGGGAUCUCAUGGGAUCUGUAAUCAAUUGGUUCCUGUCGCCCUUAAAUUCACGGGUAGAAGAGGCAGAGGACAUGACGAAAAUGAGGCGAAAUAAGAAUAAAAGUAAUAGAUAAUCUUCGCGCUACGACGAUCGCGAAGUCAUGUACACGAUAUUUCUCUUAAGCUUCUCGCCAAUACGAUGAAAACGAAAUAUUUUAAGCUUGCACGUUUGUUCAUUGUUUCUUUCUUCCCGGUUCAAAAGGAAGAGAUUACCGCUUUUCGGAGAAGAAAGACAGAUGUUUGAAGAGAAACACUGUCGUAGCGUUAGUUGUAGUAUAUGACAAGACGCUACUUUAUUAAACUUUAUUAAUAUAACGCACUUCCGAGUUCUAAUGAUGACAGCACGUCGGACACUCAAACUCCAAUGUUCUGCCAGAAGAGAGUUUUGAAGAACUUUCAAACUUGCGUGUUGCGACGCUAUAAAAUUUCGCUUCUACCCAUUCUAUCGGGGACAGUGUCUCGAAUUACUUUCUUAAAUGUCUUUAAAAUGUUCUUCUUAUAGUUAUAAUUUUAACAGAUUAAUUUAAAGAAAUUCUAGAACUGAUAAUAGAUUACAGGAGGAUGCAUGGGACAUACGUAUGCAUACGCACACAUACACACAUGUUCUGAUACAUACAAUCUCAUAUAUAGAGCUUAGGUGAUAAAUAUUAAUAUCGUGGACCGAGGGGCGUGCGCGACAUCGAGCAGACCCAAAGACUCGGAUAGAACGUUUCAGGAAUGCUGAUCGUCCUCGGCGAGCGUGUCGAGGCGGGAGAAGAGUGCGAUCACACGGAAGACUUUUUUUUUCUCAGAGAUGUACGGCGAGUUACGUUGCUUUUCGACUCGAUGGGCGAAAUGGGAUUCUUGACGUCGCGAUCGCCAGGGAGUUCCUUCGAUCGCGGCCUUCGUCCUGAAGCCUCUAUUGUCUUCGAUUGAUCGGGGCAUCAGAAUCGAAGGGAUCCGCGUUGCUCGAACAUCGGGUAUCGCGAAAAACGGGGCUAGAUCACGUCGGCGGAGUGACUCUGCGCCGUACCAUCGUAGAAAUAGAGCUCGGCGCUACCGGCGUCAUAGUGUGAAUAAUCAGAAUAAUUAAAAAUGAACUCUUUUACGUCGCGAAUGCAAUCGACGAUUUUAUCAUCAAGAUUCGAUGUUAAAAUCAACUUUUAGCCUUGACAGAGAUGUUCCAAGUCAACAUUUGUUACAACGAAACGAUACGCCGAUAUCGUUUUAGAUAAAACUUCAGUUUUUAUUAUCCUCAUUUUUUAAUUAUUUUUCUAAACGCCGGUAGUGUACAUAUAUACAUAUAUACAUACAUACGUACAUAUAUAGAAUACUUAUAGUAAGUUCCCAACCGAAGGAAGUGCACUUUGGGUAAUCUGUGAUAUGAUAAAAGUAACAAGACAAUCCACUCACUUCUCCACGCACCGGAUUUCGCUUUUCCGCUCUCUUGUGCGCUUGUGGUUUUCUUUUUCUUUUCUCUCUUUUCUUUUAGGGUCAGGUAGGGGGUAAGUAAGGGUAACAGGAGGGCAUGCACACCCUACACAUAUAUACAUGCUUAGAUAGACGUGGACACACAACACA